AUGGCGUACAGCCAUCUCGCAGACCCAGACCCCGAGCUCGCACCCCUUCUGGCAGCAUGGCCGCCCGCGCCGGACGCCUUCCUCGCGGAUAUCCCGAAGGCCAGGCAAUACUUCAAUACGGGCUAUCUGGCUCAUACCCGCCGGUCCCUAAAGAAGAGUCUUCCUCCAGAUGGCGCGCUCUGCGUUGAAGAUAGACAGAUAGACGUCGAUGGCGGCGAGAUCUCUAUCAGGUGCUACCGCCCCGUCGAGGAUGGCGAUCCUGACAAGACCUUUCCGCUGUUCGUAUGGUUACACGGAGGAGGUUAUACAUUCCACAGCAUCGAGACAGACGACUAUGCACUGCGUAUCCUCUGUGCGAGUCUUCAGCUCACAAUCGUCAAUGUCGGGUACCGCCUUGCCCCAGAGCACCCAUGGCCUAUCCCGCUUAACGAUUGCUAUGUUGCUGUAAAAUGGGCCGCGUCCAACCUGGUCGCUGUGCAUGGGGAUGUGGGUCAGGGCUUCAUCGUUGGAGGUUCGUCCGCAGGCGCGCACAUGGCGGGAGCUGUCGCGCAUCGCGUCAGAGCGGAUCCGUUCUUCGUCGACCAUCCUAAACCGACUGGGCAAUUCCUCCAAAUCCCGCCAAUUGUACAUGGGGACGCGGUGCCGGAGGAGUACAAGGCGAACUUCACGUCCUUAGUGCAGAACAAGGAGGCGCCGAUGCUCACGACGAAGCAGCUCUACGAGUUCUAUCGUAAGUUCCGCUUUGCGCCCCCACUCGACCCGGAGUUCUCCCCCCUCCUUCAGCCGCUCGAGUCGUUCAAGGACCUACCCCCAGCGUACAUACAGGUGUGCGGCCUGGAUCCGGCGCGUGAUAUGGGCAUGCUGUACGCGGAAAAGCUCAAAGCUGCUAGGGUCCCCACAAAACUCGACACGUACACGGGUGCGCCACAUAACUUCCACAGUGUCUUCCCGGAGACGAGGCUUGCGAAGAAGUUCAAUAGCGAUGUUGGCAAGGGGAUUGAAUGGCUUCUGUCUCGACCGAGAGCGCCAACAUGA